GAAUACAAAGACUUUAUGGACGCAGAAAACAUAAUGCCUCUUGCUACUAGCGAUUUUCGUAACCCAGUGUGUCAAGAAAUGAGGUCUCUUAAAUUCAGUAGCGGCAGUGGUGGAGGAGAAAACGGCGCAGAAUAUUUAGGUUUAUCGCUCGUGGAAUCCAAAAUAUCUCCGAUUCAGCCAUCAGAAACGUUAAGCUUUGCCAGGAUGAUGUAUAACGAGCAGGAAUACCACUAUGCAAAGACGUACAAUGAACAAGGAAGCAUCGAUAGUUCGGAUACAUAUGCGAGCUGUCAAACACAUCCAUCACAUUCACAGAGUUCAACAAAAAUCUGA